AUGCAGGCAGAUGAAUGCAUACUGUUCUUUGCCAUUCUGGCCCCUCCUACAUUCUCCCCUGCAUCUGCAAGCCAACCGCCUGAGCCCGCCAUACACCUUAUCAAGAUGAGCAAUCUGUCACCCAUGCCACUGACCGAUCAGAUAGCAGGAGUCUUGGAGCUCAUGUUCCGCCGAAAGCUCCAUCUGGCCACUCAUGCAGCCCAUUCUGCGCCAUCUAUAGAAGUGCCUCCGUCCAUGCCAUCCGCCCUCCUAUUGGAGUGCAAUGGCAUUGCAGAUGCUCUUGUGAAGGCCAUCCGUAAUCCUGUAAGGCUGCAGUGGGACAUUGAUAGAUAUUACGACAGCCUUUCGAUUCAGCCCACGGGGCAGAAUGAAGUCCUCGAGGCAGAACUGGAACGGAAGUGGCCUCCUCCAUUUGGUGAGAGCGAAAUACGCAUAGACCAGCCCGCCACCCUCGUGAACAUGCACGGACGCAUCUUGGCUUGGAUACUUCCAAGAGUGUUGAUACCAGACCGCCAGACGAAGAUGCUCCAAGCGAACAGGGCCCUACACCCAGCAAUAGCAGCCAGUAAGCCUUCCAGCACCACCGCCAGUUGGCGACACAACCCGUUGUACUUCUUGCCUCCUGAGGAGUGUGUCCAAUUCCCAGCGGGCUCCUUGUGUCUCUCGCCAGGUUGGUUCCAACAAGUAAGAGAGCAUAUAGAGUCUGGGAGGCUGGAGACCUCCGCCAGCCUGAAGCUUGAGGGCAGAAGAAGUUGGCUGCGUGAUAUUCAUGACUCCUCCGCAUUGCUGGGCGCCAUCCUGGCCGUCGUUCACCCAACACUAUAUGCCGCAGGACGCCAGUGCUUGGGUUUGAUCCAGCAAGACCCAGAAUUGCGAGAGAUGGCGCUGAACUGGUCGUCACCAUUCAAUGCGCUCCAGGUGAUCGCCAACUGGGAAACUCCUUUCCACCGAGAUAGCAAGACAAGAUACACAUUCUACGACCUGUUGGUGACUUUGGGCAACUACACUUGCGCGUGGUUGAAGUUCCCCGCCAUGCGUGUCGCCAUCGAUUAUAGUCCUGGAACUGUCAUAGCCUUCUGUGGAAAGGCGAUUCGUCAUGGCGUCACUCGAGCAGAUGGCGAAAGGCUCGUCUAUGCAUACUUCAUGCGAGAGGGUGUCCAGAACAGGCUAGGCAUUCCGGCGCCCCACUGGAUGCAAGCUUCAUAUUACGCCUCACACAUUGGCAUGUGCACAAGGGACAUCAUGCCAAAGACUGAUGGAGACGAGAACACUAUGCAGGGGAUGGAGACUGUUGAUGGCAGCUUCAUUGGCGGGACAAAGUUGGCGAAGGUGAUGGUGAAAUUUAUCACUGAUGGCAGCGUAUGGUUGGCGGACCUCGAAGUUGGCGGAGAUGGUGGCGAAAUGUAUUCGGUUGAGAAGUUACACAACAAAAGCAGGCUCGUUGUAGACCUGGAUGAUGAGGUUGAGUUUGUGACCAAGGUAGCUAAGCAGACCACUAGGGGAGUACGCUAUGUGGACGUACCUUUGCCCAUGCCCACGGGUUCAAACGUGCCAUCGCCUUCCAAAAGUCCAUCGAAGGCUCCAGCUUCAGGCUUCUUGUUUAACUUGGAUGAUGGCGACGUCCUGGGCAACAUAGGUGUGCCGAUUCAGCUGGAUCCGGCGGCUCGGAAGACAAAGACCCAGAAUGACUUCAUGAGGGACUGGAUACCCCACCGUGAUGACUAUCUUCAUGCCAUUGUCGAGAUGGAAGCCCUGCCUGAGCCCAGAAACUGUGCGGAAUGCAAGGUUGGCGAGGGACGGUGGCGAUGCCUGGACUGUAUGGGCAGACCGCUCACCUGUACCGACUGCUGUCGUAACAGCCAUCAGCGUGCUCCUUUCCAUCGGAUAGAGCAUUGGCAGGGUCAGUAUUUUGAGCCGGCAUCACUGUAUCGGGUUGGCGUCUGCAUCCAUUUGGGGCAUGGCGGAGAUCCCUGCCCUCUGGGCGCCUUCACAGCACAUAACAACCCUGCGCUGGUGGUGGCCCCGGGGUCCGAUUUCUGGAAUGCCUCCAAUGAAGACCUAAAUGCACAUGAUGGCGAGGUCUCAGAUGAUGGCGAGGUCCCAUUCAACUUUGCACCUCUGGCAGGCACCCUUGACGGUGAAGCAAGGCAAACCGACGAUGCUCCCGAUCCCACUUGGGAGGAAGAUGUGCCAUCGGUGCUCUCUCGGCCACCUCGCCGUGAUAGUUACGGGAAUCGGAUCAUAGUCAUUGUCGACAUCUCUGGCGUUCACCAUAUUGGUGUUGACUGGUGCCAGUGUGAGAUGGCAGUGGAGCGUGACAUGCAGCUUCUUCAAAUGGGACUUUACCCUGGUACCGUCAAGGAUCCCCAUACUGCCUUCACAUUCGCCAUCCUCGACAAUUUCCUUCUGGAGAACAAAGAGUGCAAGAUGGCGGCAUUAAACUACUACAGCAAGCUCAAAUGGGUCACGAGCAAUGCCUUCCCUGGCACCGUUCCCGACCGUUAUCGUGAGCUGAUGCGGGUGUCCUGCCAAUGGCGCCAAUUCAAAUAUCGCAAGUGGCACGGCUUCUCACACGAUGUCCUCCGUCCUGUGGAGAAGGGUGGCCUCGCCAUCUUUUGUCCCGCCUGUCCCCAGCCUGGGCUCAACCUGCCUUUCGAUUGGCAAGCGGAUCCAGUGCAGUGGAAGUUCAAACACGGCUUUGUCAUGGAUGGCAAUUUCAGUGCAGAGCACAUGAAGAUGAAGCACCCCAAGGAGGAUGUCGCCCUCAGUGAUGGCCAGGCAUUCAUGGUCGGCCAAGAGGAUUACAAGGCUCAUCUGGUGGUGGCCAUGGAGUCCCAUCAGCGCUCCACUUGUCAUGAGCACCGCACUGUCAAUCAGGCCAAUGUGGAUCGUGCCAACCUCGAUGCCACAGGAAUCGGGGCCACUGCUUGCGCCAGACAUGGUUCUUCGUCCCUCAUACUGUCGUCGAUUUCCAGAAGGGAGAAAGGUUCGCAUAUGUCUCUUGUCAUGAUUCAUUCUCACCGACGCACCCUCUGCAGACAAAUGAAUAUGGAUUACUCUCUCAGCAAUGCGCUCCUGACCCUCACCGGUAUCACCCUCGUCCUCGUCAUGUACGACAUCAUGUGCCAGUAUGGCGUCCAUGUCCGCAAACAUUUCCGCCACAGCGCCUAUCUGAGGAUGCCCUUCGAGCUCAAGGUAGACCAAGGCAUCGGCUUGUUUCAUGUGCACGGACACCAAGAUUGCUGCUUCCAACGGUUCUCGCCCAACUUUAUAGUUGGCACUGGUAUGGUCGAUGGCGAGGUCAUCGAGACCCUGUGGGCGCCGACAAAUGAGGUCUCAGGCAGUACCUGUUACGCGGCAGCGAAACACGAGCGUCUAGUCGAGUCGUUACGAGACAAGGUCUUAGUCUAA